UUUAUCGAAAAUGACAGCACAACAAUAACAAAUUCUCCAUAGAAUUUCAAUUUAUAGUAUUGUUUUAUAGUAUUUAAUCAUGUUAUAUUUAUGUUUUAUUUGAAUGUGGAAGUAUUUUUAAGAUUGAUUCCGAUAUCCAAGAUUAUAAGAUGAGUGUCGUUAACGGCAAAAGAAUAACAUUCAAGCGCGUUAGACCUAAUCCUCUUUUUAACGACUGGUUAGAAGAAUUACAUGAAGAAGCAAAACAGAAAGGUAGUAAGCUUGAAUCUAUGUUAAGGGAAGCUCUAUCUUCCAUAUCGAAAUACCCUUUACCUUUACAGUCUGGUGCCGAAUGUGCUAUCCUAAAAGGAUUCGACAAACGUUUGUGUCUGUUUAUUGAUAAACGUUUGGAUGUAUACAAAAAGUUACAUGGUAAUACCUCUUCACAAUCUUCAAUAAAGUCUGUAUCUGACGACGAUGAUGACUUGGACCUGGAUAGGAAUACGCAAUCUACACUUGAAAGUUGUAGUAAUCCAAGUAUAUCUUCAAACCUCUCUCCAAUAAGUGAUCAGACCAAAUCAAACAAUCUGACAAAUAAAAAUGAUAAGAAAACAAGAAAUAUUCCGGUAUAUAGGUCUGGCAGUUAUGCUUUACUAAUGGGCCUUGCAGAUUUAAAGAAAAAACAAACUAUGAGCAAAGGACAAUUAACCAUUGCAGCUCAAAAAUACAGUGAGGGUGAUAUUGGUGGUGAGUGGAAGAAUAUGACUAAACUAAUAAAAAAAGGUUUAGUUAAUAAGUCUAUUGAGAAUAGAACACCUCGGUUUUGCUUAACAGAAGAAGGUUUUGCUGUUGUGAAGGAACUUAAUAGACAUACACAGAAAAGUGUAAAUGAUGUUGUCUCUCGUAUCAAUCAAGGAGAUUGUAAUGAACUCGUGGACAAUAAAAGUAAAAGUGAAAUCAAUGACUUGCUUUAUGAUGAAAAUAAAUGUUUAACAGAAGAAGCCAAAGACUUACUGCAUGAUAAUAGAGAUAAAAUCAAAGUUAAUGACAAUGUUUAUGAUGAUAAUAAAUGCCCAAGUAAAGUUAAAGUUAUUAAUGGUACAGAAACUAAUUCCACACAUGUUGAUACCAUAAAACAUGACCAUGCAACUUCAAUAAAUAGUACUAGAUCUGUUGAACUUAAUAAUUGUAAUAAAAUUGAAGAUAUUGACUAUAGCAGUUUAAUAGAAAUGGAAGCAGGGUCUUUUGACAUUAUAUUGCUUAUAGAUAUACAUGAAACUAGUGGGUUAACAAAAAAGAAUGACCCAACAGUCACACAAUUUAAUAAAUACCCAGAACUGAAGCAUGAAUAUAGAAGUUUGAAAGUUGGUGACUUCACAUGGAUAGCUCGUGACAAGAAAAAUAAAGACUUGGAAUUGGUAUUACCCUAUGUUGUUGAACGUAAAAGAAUGGAUGACUUGGGUCAUAGUAUAAAAGAUGGAAGGUUUCACGAACAGAAAUUUAGGCUUAGGAAAUGUGGUUUAUAUCAUGUAAUUUAUAUGGUCGAGAAUCAUGGCAGUAGCAAGCAUGUGGGAUUGCCCAUGCAGUCUUUAAUGCAAGCUUUAGCUAACACAAGAGUCCAAGAUGGGUUUAAAGUGCAUGUAACUGAGUCCUUGGGCCAUUCAGUGAGUUUUUUAGCAACAAUGACUUUAAGGCUGAUGUAUGAAUAUAAGGAUAAGAGAUUAAAGGGACGCAAUGGGGAACCAAAAGCUGACAUACUUAUGACAUUUGAACAUUUUAGUAAAUCGUCUGUAAAGAACAGAGCAUUGUCUGUCACAGAAACAUUUAUAAAGCUACUUUUACAGCUAAAAGGUAUGUCUGUGGAGAAGGCUUUGACUAUAACCAAUGUGUUUAAAACUCCAAGAUUGUUAAUAGAGAAAUAUCAGAGUUGCGAUCAGAAAGAAGGCGAAAUAUUACUUGCUAAUUUAAGAUUUGGUGAGCUAAACCGAAGUGUAGGGCCCACUGUUAGCAAAUCUGUGUAUCAACUAUUUACGUUGAGAAAUAUGAAGUAGAUUCUAGCUGUCGAUCGCUGCUUCGUCCGCGAUUGUAUAAAUUCUAAGUUUUUCUAUGCAUAAAUUUGUCCAGAUCGGUUGAAAGGUUGAGUCUCAGAAAUGUAUUUUUUUACCUUAACGCGGCUUAGCCUUUCGAUCGAUUUUGACGACGUUUUCAGGCGGAAGGAUGUACCUAAUAUAUAUUUCAUCACACUUUCUCGUAACGACCUUAUUACAUCGAUAUAAGGCUCAUAAUCCAAGAUGACACACGUAUUUUGUUUCUCAUUAGCGCACUUGUGUUUUAUUUAUGACGUGCCGAUUAAGUUAAGUUUGCAUCUAACUGGAAGUUAAGGUAUGAAGAUGGAUCGGACCGGUGGUAGAGUCACACAAACAUACAUACUUGACGUUUCAAAAGUGCUUAUAAAGUAGGCCUACUUGAAAUAAAUGAAUUUGAAUUUUUGAUCGUUUUAAUUUUAUAACCGGGUAAUACAGAUUCUUUUUUUAAUAGCAACAAAGAGUUUUUUUGCGGCUAAAAAUAGUACGUCUUAAAUCGUCUCGCUUUUUGUUCGAAAAUUCGUUUUUAGAUUAGGUAUUAAUACUUUUAAGCGCCCAGUUUAAUAGUGCAAUAAUAUCCCCCAACCCGCCAGCAAUAAUAAUCGCGGCACGAAUUUAGAGUGAAUAAACUGUUUCCACCAAAAUCAAGAGAGCCUACGAAACUUAAAUAUUGUGGGAACAGAAAAAAAGGUUCAGUUAUUUUCUGAGAUGUAUUUAAAAGUUAAGUCUGUUUCUCCUCGUGAAAGUGUGAUGAAAAUCGUUGUAUGAAACGCGUAUGGUACAUUACUUAUUGCACUCUCGGCUUCCUUAACGCCCGAAUACCGCCUCGACUGUAAAAUGCAAUGUAUCCGUAAAUGUUAUUUAUUGUACAAUAUCUAUAUCAAGUAGGAAUUUUGUAAAUUAUGUAGGCACAUGUAUUAUUAUUAAGUUAUAAGUAAGGCACUGUAUUAGUAAAGAAUUCUAACUGUAAAAGAUCAUGAAUUAUUUAUUAUUUAUUAGAAAGUUGUUUUACGCCAUUGAGUUAUUUUAAAAGAGAAGACACAGCCUAGCGCUGCGGCUUCUCUGCGCUGCAACUUAGGUAUAAGUUAGGUAAGUAAGUAUUUAAUUAGGUAUUGUAUGCUAGUUGUUAAGCGCACGGAAACUUGUCAAUGAACAAAAUGAAAACAAGUUAAAUUUAAUAUCCAGUUCUUCCGUUCAUAUUGGAUAGAAGCAGGCGAUACUUUGU